UCUGCACAAGUUUGACCCUUGUGGAUGUACAAUCUCCGAUAAGCACUAAUAUAUACUGUUAUUUUAGUUAAAGCAGCAGCAAUUAAGCAUGAGGCUGACAGCGCUGCUUUCGAUGGCAGCAAAAGUUGCUCUUCCACACGGUUAUCGCUAUGGGACGAACAGACCAUGGACAAUCGCAGCCCGACGGCUCAACCCACCCGGCAAAAGAAGAAGAAAGGUGUUUGUUGAACCCAUUGCUAAUGAGGACUGGCCUGUAGUGAGAGGAGACACAGUGGAGGUUUUGUCUGGCAAAGAGAAAGGAAAGCAAGGCAAAGUUGCUCAGGUGAUCCGGGCUCGAAACUGGGUCAUACUCGAGGGCCUGAACACGCAUUACCGAUAUGUGGGCAGAUCUGGAGAUUACAGAGGGACUUACCUCGCUAGUGAAGCUCCUCUGCUGCUGAAGGACAUUGCGCUCAUUGACCCGACUGACAGGAAGCCCACAGAAAUCCAGUGGAGAUACACUGAAGAGGGCGAGCGAGUGCGUGUUUCUGUCAGGACUGGACGGAUUAUUCCCAAACCAGUCUUCCAGAGAAAAGACGGCAUCGUUCCUCAACAGUGGAAAGAUGGACCCAAGGACACGUCACCAGAGGACACGCUUCAGAAAACAUACACACCGUCUCUGAAAACCCUUGAGGAGGAAGUCAUGGAGAAAAUGAACAUUCAGGAAAAUAGAAGACCUCGUAAAAGCUACUGGUACUGAGGAACCACAGAGACAGUGUGUUAUGUUUAAGCUCAAAAACAGCAGCAGGAUUAUUUAUCAUGGACUAAUAAUGUAUGUGUUCUGGAGACUGUCAAUAAACCAACCAAACGUUA